GACUGGGAAGCUUCUCCAGGUCCCCUCCUUUUUGCCUCUGCUGCACAGGACCAGUCCUCCCAGUUUGGCCAGUCAGCCUUUGCAGAGGGAGAGAGAGAGAGAGAAGACAGUGCAACAGAUCCAGGGGCUGCUGUCAGCGAUGUUGCAGUGCAGACAUGCCCAGGAGUUCAGCUUUGGACCUCGGGCACUGAAGGAUGCUCUGAUCUCAACCAACCCUGCGUUACAGGAGCUGUAUGCCAAGGCCUUCUCUAGCACUGAGAAACUCUUCCUCUCCGAGGCGUACAAUCCCCACCGGACACUUUUCUGCAGCUUGUUCAUCCGAACGGCCUUUGACUGGCUUCUCAGCCACCCUGAUGCUCCAGAGGAUUUUGAAACCUUCUAUUACUCCCUGUUGAGAAGAAAGCAAAGAUGCUACCGCAAGCACAUAUACCUGCAACCUAUAGACCUAAGUGAAGGUCCUGUUGGGAUCUCCUUGCUGGAUUCCCUCCGGAGCUGCGUAGAAUCUUUCUUCUUGGGUCUCCGUGUUAAGUGCCUUCCUUCUGUCCCAGUCUCCUCCAUCCAUUGCUGCUACCGCCACAACCAAGAUUCAGACAGAGUCCAACUCCAUGCUGAUGGGAUUUUGACCUUUCUGAAGAACAACAAGCCAAUGGAUGCCCUCUGUGUCCUGGGACUCACCCUCGCUGAUCUCUAUCCCUGCGAGACAUGGAGCUUCACCUUUGGGAAGUUUUUGCCAGGCCAAGAGGUGGGCAUCUGUAGCUUCGCCAGGUUUUCCGGUGACUUCCCCCAGGUGGGCUGUACCACUUUAAACCCAUCUCCAUGGAGACAAGAGAUGCAGGACGAAGUUGUGGAGCAGGCCAAGAACCAGACAUUGCUGUUCAACCUGCUGGAGAUGCUCCAGUGUUGCAAGGUCACUUGCCAUGAGAUCUGUCACCUAAUUGGCUUGGGAAACUGUCGCUGGCUUCAGUGCAUCAUGCAAGGCGCCUUGAGUUUGGACGAAGUUCUGCUGCGACCGUUGGAGCCCUGCCCAAUUUGCCUUCGGAAGCUGCAGUACGUUGUGGGCUUCAAGCUCAUUGAGCGCUACAGGAAACUUUACGCUUGGAUGCAAACCAUUUCGUCUGCCUGGCUGAGCCAAGACUUGUCGGAGCUGUCCAUAUCGCAGGACAUUUUGCCACCUAGCACAGACUCUGGGAUGGGUUGCGAGAACGACUCCGAGGCCGUCACAUCCCUCUCCGAACCCCUGACUCCAGACACUUGCAGCCAAGCGGUUUCCACAUUGCAAGACCUAGAUCUUGAUGAUCAGUCUUGUUCUCUGGCCGAUGCCCCCAGCCAGGAACAACUGGGUGUUGCCCCGAAACCCUCGGACAUGAUUAAGGAGUAUACGCUUUGGCUCAAGAUGUGCAUUGACGCGCUCGAAAAGGAUGUCUCCGAGGAAGAGAUUCUGCAGUUGGACAAGACCGUGGAUGCUAUGGCACGGUGGGAAAUGUUCACAGGACAGCUGCCCAACACGCGGAGAGAUCUGCCUUUGCCCACCGACAGCCCAGGGCUGAGGAAGGUCCUUGGAGACAAGUUCUCCUCCUUGAGAAGGAAACUGAGCUCCAGAAAACUGGCGAAAGCUGAAUCCUCCCCACGUCACUGGAAAUGGGAGGAGAGUUAGCCCCACCGAGACACUUUUGCUUGAUCCUGGGGGUGGGGUGGGAGGUUUCCUUUGUGGUUUAGAUGUGGGUUUUGUUAGUCUCCUUUCUUGUUGUUAUGCCUCUUGUCCUUUUCACUGCAAGUUCCUGUCAUUUUGUUGGGAUAAAAAGAACCAAGA